AUGAAACCAAUGGCUUCACCUUCUCUUCAAUUUCAUCUACUUCCGUCUCUCUCCAAAUUCCAGUCUUCAAUAUCCCCUCUUUCCCAACACCACACCCAUCCAUUCACUUCCACAACCUCACUCAGAUUCACUUCCACCAAUUCCACUACUACUUUUACUCCCAAACCCCUCUCUCCGUGUUUCGCUCUAACAGAGUCCAACUCGCCUAAUUCCACACAACCCGACCCCAAAACUCUUCUCCAAGACAUUGCCGACAGUUUUGAUCUUCCUUCUGAUUACUUUGCAAAGUUUCCAAACGAUCUUCGAUUAGAUCUAAAUGAUGCUGCGUUCGACCUUUCAAAUGGACCUGUCUUGGAUGAGUGUGGCAAAGAGUUAGGAGAGACAUUGCUAAACCUCUCUCGAGCAUGGGAGCUUGCUGAUACAUCAUCUUCUCGCUCUUUAGUGGCAAAGCUUCCUUUGAUUGAGGCUAGUUUGACAGGCACUGCCAAAUCAGCACUUGGAAAGCGUAUGGUGUCGGCUGGAAGAAGGUUUCAGUCAAUGGGGCAAUAUGGCCAAGGUGAGACACAAAAGGUUCCUCAUUCUCUAGUGCACCCUGCAAAUCCCUUAUACGUUGUUCCAUCUCCUGUCUAA